AUGUCUGGAAUUGCAGCAUCGCGUCUUGCCGAGGAAAGAAAAUCAUGGAGAAAGGUGAGCAUUUUCAGAUAUUUAUUAGAAAUUUAAUUCAAAAUACUGCAUUUUUUUAGGAUCAUCCAUUUGGAUUCAUUGCAAAACCCGUCAAAAAUACUGAUGGAACAUUGAAUUUGUUCAACUGGGAAUGCGCGAUUCCAGGACGAAAAGACACAAUUUGGGAGGGAGGAUUGUAUAGAGUAAGGAUUUUUCUUGGAUUUUGUUAGAUGAAAAAGAAAAAAUGCAGGGUGAAUGAGAGAAAAUGAAGAAAGUUGAGAAUGAAACGAGAAAAAUACUUUUUUCUGGAAAACUAAAUACAAUUUAUGUUUUUUUCUGGAAGGGAGGAGCUUCCAGGUGAAGAAGAAACCUUUUGAAAAAUGGAAAUUUAAAUUUUCUCGUGAAAAGUUCACUUUUGAAUUUCAAAAAAAAUUUUCCAGAUCCGUAUGUUGUUCAAAGACGAUUUCCCAUCAUCUCCACCAAAAUGCAAAUUCGAACCACCACUUUUCCAUCCAAACGUCUAUCCAUCAGGUAAAUAUUCAUUCUUUUCUCAAAAUAAAAUAAAAUCUAUAUUUUUCUUUUCAGGAACUGUUUGUUUAUCACUUCUCGACGAGAACAAGGAUUGGAAGCCAUCAAUUUCCAUCAAACAACUACUAAUUGGAAUUCAAGACUUGUUGAACAACCCAAAUGUUGAUGAUCCAGCUCAAGCGGAAGCUUAUCAAAUUUUCUGUCAGAAUAGGUUUGUUAUUCUAUUUUUUUUUGGGUUUGCUGGGGAGAAAUUUCAUUUUCGAAAUUAAACAGAAAUUUAAUUAACGACGAGAUUUUGUUAUUUGAAAAUGUAAUAAAAUUUCUCUUUUCAAAAAAUGAAUAACAAAAUUAGGUAGCUAUUCAUAGAGUUUUUGUUAUUGCGAGGAAAAAACCUGUUAAAAACCCCCUUCAAUUUUCAGAACCGAAUACGAAAAAAGAGUGAAACGAGAAGCGCAAAAAUAUGCGGCCGAAAUUGUUCAAAAACAAAUACUUGGCUGA